AUGAAGGCAGCUUUCGCUUUAUUGGCUUUGGCCACUUCGACUUUCGCUCAAGGGAUCCAGGAAAGAUGGUAUUCAAGUCCUCCUGGUUAUUCGAGCCCGCCUGGGUAUCCCGUUGAGACUGAUACUACUACUUGGACUACUUAUACUUCAACCACUAUCUGUCCUGUCACUUCAACCACCACCGAAGAAGGAACAACGAAAUGGGUUACAAGUAUCGCUACAUCAACCGUAGUUGUCACUAGUUGUGUUGGAGGCUGCGGUGGAGUUGUCACUGUACCUGGCCCAACUGGAUGGGCAACCACCACCACCGAUGUUAUCGUUACGUAUACCACCACUUGCGCAGUAACGGAGACCGUCACUGCUCCCGGAAAUACCUACACAAAGACAUACACCACCACUUCUGUCGUCGAAACUGCUGUACCCACCACGAUCGUUAGCACUGUCACUGCGCCCGACACUACACAGACUGUUGAAACUGGAGUGGUUGAAACUCUUACGAGUCUCUGUCCUAUUACCGAAACAACUACCAUUUCAGGAAAGGAAGAGACAGUCACUUAUACGUCAACAUCAUUGUAUACAACUCACGUUCCUACAUAUAUUGAAGUCACAGCCACCGCUCCUGAUAAUACAAAGACGGUUGAGACCGGAGUGGUCCAAACUCUUACAAGCCUGUGCCCUAUCACUGAAACUACCACUAUUUCAGGAAAAGAGGAGACCGUAACUUACACAUCUACAUCGUUGUACACAACGAUCCUUCCUACUUAUGUUGUAGUUACAGCCACUGCUCCCGACAAGACGGAAACCGCUGUCACUGGAGUUAUUUCUACAAUAACUUCUCUCUGCCCAGUCACAGAGACAAAGACAGUCUCGGGAAGCCUGGUGACUGUCAUCUACACAACCACUUCAUUUAUUGUCACAAAUGUUGGAACCACCAUCGAAGUAGCAACUACUCUCCCAGCGAAAACCACCACUGUUGCAACUGGAGUACUUCAAACUAUCACUAGUCUUUGCCCUGUUACUGAAGUCGAAACCGUUUCUGGAAUCGAAUAUACUGUUACGAAGACGUCAACUAGCCUUAUAGUCACUGAUGUAUAUACCACGGACUACUCAAAAACUACUUUACCGGGAGGAACUAAGACAAUCGAGACAUACGUCUAUCAGACGUCUACUAGCUUAUGCCCAGUCACUGAAAUCCAAACAAUCUCUGGUGUUCCAAUCACAAAAGUAUAUACCAGUACAAUCGUCACUGAAGUACAGGUUCCUACUACUAUCGUUCAAUACACUACAACUCAAGCUACUGAAUAUAAGACUACUGAUGUAUACGAGACGACUACAUGCAUCGAAAGUGUAUAUACAACCAUCAGUGCUGGAUCAACCAUCGUUUUGACCGCCACCCAAACAAACACCAUCCAAGUGACCGCAGUUCACAUCUUGACAUCUACCCUCCCUGCCGCAACUGGCGAAACCACCGUUUAUAUUCCAACCACAAUCGGCCACACCAUCGAAACCAUUGCCAUCGUCACCGUUCCCUCCAUCGUCCGCACCAUCACCCUCGGAACAACCUACUACGCAAACACAACCCACGUACAAACAUCAACUUACAUCCAACCCAGCACUUUGACCGUUGGGGGCCAGACAACGAGCUAUUUCGUUCAGCCUAGCGUUAGCGUAAGUAGUAUUGCGGCGACCAGCGUCGCUACGAUUGCGCCUAGUGCGCCGGUGGAGGCGAAUAAUGCGGGGAUGAAUGCACCGGGGUUGGUGAUGGGGUUUGUGAUGGGGGUUUUGGCGCUUUUGUAG